AUUCAAUCACAGGAUGCGAUUAGCUAAUGAGUUGGGCGAAGAUUGGUAGCUCAAAGAUAGUUCUUUGUAGAAUAUUUUUCGUAAACGAAAAAUACUCAUUUCUAAAUAAGAGUGAGAAAAAUACAGACGCUGUCAAAAUGCUUCUAGAAGGUUUGACAGUGCUGUUUCUUAUGACUGCAGUGGACUGUGGUACAAGUAGUAGCGAUGGUGAAGCAGCAGUAAACGGAGAAGAAUGGCCUACUUGUGAACCAGAUUUUUUGAGUGGUCAAUACUCCAUUCAACAUAAUAAAUACUGUGAUAGAUUCUUCGCAUGCCACAAUGGAGUUCCAUAUCUGAUGCAAUGUGAAGAUGGUUUUGCCUAUAUGCCAUUCAGAGGCUGUAAGCUAUUGCAUCUAGUAGAUUGUACCAAUAGGACGAAACUGCAGGUGCCGAGAGGAAAAGGAGACUGCCCACGUCUCUAUGGGCUUUUCAAUGACCCCAAAGGCUGUGGAAGAUUUUUCAAGUGCAUCAAUGGCACCGGUAUUCCAGAUCAGUGCUUGCAUUCGCUCAUGUUUGAUGACAAAGAGAAAAUAUGUCGAGGAGCAACUGACGAAGAAAAGCAAAAAUGUUUAUUGCCACCUGCUCUUCUUGGCUGCACAAUAGGACCGGAUGGCUCGAACUACGGAUCUUGCACUUGGUUCCAGUGUCCAGCGUUCAACCCACUGCCGUUCGGCGACCACUCUCGCCACCCGUACCCGGGCCACUGCCGCUACUUCGUCAUGUGCCUGGCCAAUGGCAGCAUCAAGAUCGGCGCAUGCCCAGAAGGGUCUGCGUUCAGUCCGCAGUCGCGCGUCUGCGAGCCUGAGGCCAGCGUCAAGGCGUGCGAGCCGCCCAAACCGCCUUCCACCGCCGCCGUCGCUCAGUCCGGCGGCGAUGCCUCGUCGAACCACGGCUCUUGCUCCUGGUUCCAAUGCCCGGCACACGGCCUGCUGGAGUUCGGAGACCACUCGCGCCACCCCUACCCGGGGCACUGCCGCUACUUUGUCAUGUGCCUGGCGGCCGGCGACAUCAAAAUCGGCACCUGCCCCCCCGGAUCAGCGUUCAGCCCGCUCACCAAGUUGUGCGAGCCCGAAGCCACUGUCAAAUCUUGCGAAACACCCAUCAAAGAGCACACUCCCAACAUUUCUCAAACUUCCGGCAACACGUGCAUUAUUCCUGGCCUUUUUUUGAGAUCACGUGAAUUUUUGAUCACCGAUAUGGUAGGCGAGCAACUCUGAGCCAUUAGUCCUAGCAAUACAAUAAUCCUCACAAUAUAAAUCAAAUACUGAAUCGUUGUGGAUAUUUAAAGAAGUGCUAUAUUCAAUUUAUUUUGUUUUCCUUUUUUAUUGAACUAUUAUGCUAGUAGAUAUGCCAUUAAGGCUCGUACUGGAAUUUGUAUGUUUAAAAAAGAUAGCUUUCUUAUAAAAUUCUAGUUUCAAUAAAAAAGAGUAGUUUUGAAGAAAUAGUUUUAAUUCGUAGAACCUGAUUUGAACAUAAAUCAAUCCUCCAUCAUAAAUUACAUUUGUACAUUUCAUAAGUGAUAAAAAUGACAAAGUUUGUGAAUUACAAUAAAUGAUGGCGUUUAUAACUA